UCCCACCUGUUACAAAAAGUCUUUGCUGUUGUAGACUUCAAUUCUUCAAGAUUCAUUACCUCUUUUUUUGCAAUACGCCCUCCAACCUCUAGUGCGGUAACAUGGAGCCAGCUAAGAACAUCGACGAUUUACAAAGCAUCAACAAUAAAACGCUUGGUACGAAUGCAAAUGCGUUUCCAAUAGUAACGCUUCCAAAUGGACAGAAAGUUCCGACAGGCACUGUAGGAGCGUUACUUGUGAAUAUUAAAACUUAUGACGCAAGCGAAGAAACCCAGAGAAAGCAAAUAGAGCCAGCACUACGAGCAGCCAUACCCACAUUACAACAGGUUGGCAUGUUCGAUCUCUUUAAACCUGAGGAGUGGAUUAAAGGUGGAAGUCCUGGAAGGGCUUUUGUUGGAAAAGCAGCAAUGGAAAGUGAUGGCGAGACUGGGGCUUGAAGAAAUUGUAGAUAUUUUUAUCAAGUACAGGGGUAAUUUUCUCCGUUGGCAAACUACCCUUGUACAAGUAUAAUUUCUACAUCAAUAUGGACUGUUCCACCGGGUGCGUAAGGAAAUUAUUACUCGAGAUUGUACUGAAUUGAUGACCUAAGUUAAAGCCGUGAAAACCUUCAAAUUUAUUCAUUAUGUC